GUAAAAUCUUAUCUAUUCGCGAGAAAAGACGCCUCGCUGCUCCUUCCUUUCAAUUUUCAUAUUCUCACAUCUGAAUUUAUCUCUUUUCUUUUUAUUAUAUCUCAUAAGCCAGUCCCAGAUUAAGAAUGUAAGAUGGAGAAGGGUGAUAGAGGGAAAGAGCAUUCUAGGGAUCGGAUUAGUGAAUUACCUGACGCAAUUCUAUUGAUGAUUCUUUCCUUUUUGACCAUUAAAGAGGUAGCAAACAUAUGCUUUCUUUCCAAGAGGUUGAAAAAUUUGUGGCCCAACAUUUUUUCUUUGAACUUCGAUGCUUCAUCCACAUUAGCCGAGCUUCGGAGGAAUGACAAAUUAAGGAAAAAUAAGAGAUCUUGGUACAUAAACUAGGUAAACCAAGUACUGGAAUUGCACCAAGGAAUCACUUUAAAUGAAUUUAGGGUUUGUUUUUAUUUGGAUUGGACUUGCAGACAUAUAUUGAUACCUGGUUUUGUUUCGCUAUAUCGAAGAGGGUUCGGAAACUUGAACUCGACUUUGAAGAAGUAGCAGAGGAAACUUGGCCGCCAGGUUUGAGAUCCUUUUCUUUAACCAAAAGUUGUUUCGACUAAAUUCGAGCUCCUCCCCGGAUUAUCUUGCAUCGGAUCGUUGAAUUCCUUGUGUUUUAGAUUUGUAAAAGUUAGUGGGGUGGUUCUUGAGCACUUCCUUAUACACUGUCCUCUGCUUGAAAAGUUAGUUGUGGAGUGGUCAAAAACUCUAGUGAGUCUUAAAAGUUUCUAGUUCGUCACCUUUAUGGCUGCGAUAUUUGGAGAUCCGAUCUUGCCUCACUUUGCAAAACUCGAGAUUUCUGCUCCCAAUUUACGGACGUUUCGGUAUUAUGGACAAAAGAUGGCAUUGUAUAUUGAAAAUGCUCCUGUACUGGCUGAUGUGCUUAUAUGUGGGAACUUAGAUGAUGAACCGGCUUUUUCUUUUUGCCCUCUUUCAAGCUAUCUUGGUCAGUUAGAGACUCUUACAUUGGAGAUGAGUGCUUAUAAUAUGAUGUUUCCGAAAUUCCCUGAAUUGACAAAGCUUAGGCACUUAGUAGUAAGCGCGUAUGGUGGAUAUGAUGACGAUCUCCUUGUAUUGACUUUCUUGAUCGAUGCAUCUCCUUCCUUGAACAAACUAUCGUUGGAGUUAAAAAUAUGGAGGUCUUCUACAUACCAUCAUGCACAUAGUUCUAGUAGUGUAACCGGAAAGCCUAUCCCUAGUCUUAAAGAGCUAGAGAUUGUCGGGUUUAGAGGUUUUAAAAUCGAUGUCAAUUUCGUUACGUAUCUACUCGAGCAUGGAGAAAUGAUCGAGAAGAUCACUAUUAAUUGUUGCCAUCCAAGUUGGAUUGGGCAAAUAUGGGAUUGGGAGUUUAUCAAAGAAAGAGAAAGGCAAGAGAGCACGCUCUACAACUCGAAUCAAAAUCAUCUCCAACAACUGAAUUUGUAGUUGUAUAAUAAAGUUUGUUCAGCCUUGCAAGUUGAUCCUUGCUGGUUCACAGGCGCCUUUAUGUUACUCGAAUCGAGUCCACCGUCCGAUGGCCAUCUAGUGUUAUUAAAGAGGCUGAGGCUGGUGUUUUGGCCAGGUUUAGGGGUCCCCAAGUUCAAGGUUGGGGAUUAGAGGGUACUCUAAUUUCCAAUGAGAAUUUUGCAGGGUUUUAAUUGAGCUGAAUAAUUAUUGG